GUUUUCUCGAGAUCCUUGCGGCUCUCCUAGAUGGACUUUUCAUUUUCCUGGACCGCGCCGAUUGUGUCUAACGUAAACGUGUCGUGGUAGUUUCUGACUCUGACUUCUCCGAACGUUUGACAAUGAUGCUGAGACAGUCCCUGCUGCUUUUGUUCUGGGCCGCGACGAUUGUGUCAGCAGGCGACAAUGUAGCUACAAAUCUUUCAUUGCCAUUGGAAAGUCCUAUACCUGCGACCAACAAAGAUGCACUUGUGCCAUUUGUUCCCUCUGAGUCAACAGCUAGCAAUUCGACAACUAUACCACCUACAAAAAAGGAAUUUACACCACCUACAACACCUACAUCUAAACCAACCACAUCUAAACCAACUACAUCUAAACCAACUACAUCUAAACCAACAACACCUAGUACAACUGCUGUUCCCACAACUCCAGUUGUGCCGACAACACCACUUCCACCCCCAAGUACUGGAAAAUGGAUAGUUCAGGAGAACAAUACAUAUUGCAUUAUAGUCCAAAUGGUUGCACAACUCAGUGUUUCUUAUGUCGAUGCCAAGAAUAAGACAAUCCACGAAAUAGUGGAUAUACCCAAUAACAGUAAUUCGACAGGAAAAUGUGGUAAAUCUGAACAAACUCUGACAUUAUUAUGGGGAACAAAUAAUUCUACACAAACUGCUUCAAAUAAUUUCACAUUACAUUUCGUGAAGAACGAGACAGAAAAACAUUAUUCUCUUCAUCACUUGGAAAUCUCUUUGAUGGAAAAAUCCUCUACUGAUAAGUCAAAUAAAACAGUGAUGACACUGAUACACAUGGCACCACAAUUCGACACCGGAUUGAGCAAUUCUUACAGAUGUGUAAAGGAACAGUCACUGAACUUAACUUUACAAGGUAAAAACGAAACUGUAGGGCAACUGAAAGUAUCCAAAUUGCAGUUCCAAGCUUUUAGAAAUGACAACACCACUGUUUUUGGUUUAGCCAAGGACUGUUCGUUCGACACACCUGACAUCGUUCCUAUAACAGUGGGUUGUGCAUUAGCGGGUUUAGUAGUAGUCGUAUUAAUCGCAUACCUUGUCGGCCGCAGACGAAGUCAAUCUCGCGGUUAUCUUAGUAUGUAAGCCGAGUUCGUCAAAUUUCUUUUUUUUUUCUUUUUCUUUUUUAAAUGGUUAAACUCAUUUUUAUGCGAUUUUCCGUUAAUGGAAUUGAUUGUCUUAUUGAGAAUUUAUGUAGUUGUACUUUUGUGUUCUAUAGCCAAGAGGGCUGUGACACAAUUAAGAAAAGAAAAAUUAUAGUUUAUACGUUUAUAAAGUUAUCUCGUCCACGUGCAGGGUUAAGGAGGCAAUAUAAAAAAAGUAAAUAAAAAUACGUUAUCGAUACGUAUCGCAAAGCGAUAUUCGAGGAUGGGUGAUAAUUUUGAAGUAACGUGCUCCGUUCCGAUAAAAGGACGAUAUACUUCUAUGAUAAGAAUGAAUUAUAAUAUAGAUAAAUCGUAUGAGAUCUGCAUUAUUAUGCGCUGCUAUUAUACUUUUCACUAGCUGCGACAAUUGUUUGAUUUUCCAUAAACAUUUUAUAACAUGGAAUGAGAAUAAGAAGGAAGAUUCGUUUUGAUCGACACAUAUGACAUUAAAACGUUCUGAAUAUUUGUGGAUCUAUAGCAUCGCAUAAAAUUGUAACACUAAGUUUUUGUUUUUUUUUUUCUUUAGGAAUAAUUAUUUUCCUGAUUCUUAAUUUUAUCAUGAUACGAUAUGCCUUUAUACGUCGCCCUUUAUACAUCGAUAUUUCCGUGUUCCCGUUACGUUCGUACCCGAAUUCUUUUUAUUAAAUGUAUUGUAAAGUAAUAGCAGUUGUUUAUAUAGCCCUAAGUAUGUGUGUGUGAACGUAUCAAGAAUAGAAUAUGAAGGAGCACGAGCUUCACCAGUCGAUGUUCAAUGUUAAAGUUUGUGCUUCACUUAAUUUGAAAUAAACAUAAAUUGGACACUACAA